AUGAGUGUUAGCAAUCCUGGUAGAACUAUAUUGGCGUCCACUAUUUCCAAGACGUAUGAUUAUCAUAUUGUUGAGAAGAUCAACGAGUUGAAGGAGAACGGGGUGAGGCCCAAUGGACCUUUGUUGGUCGGGUUUUUGGCUAACGAUGACUCCGCUGCAGAGAUGUACGCCAAAUGGACACAAAGAACCAGUGAGGCACUGGGAGUUCGUUACGAGCUGAGGAGAAUUGCUGAUAAGGAUUUCCUCGAGGAAGCCAUCAUUCAGGCCAACAGAGACGAAAAUGUUGAUGGUAUAAUGAUCUACUUCCCCGUGUUCGGAAAUGCGCAGGAUCAAUAUUUGCAACAAGUUGUCGCUAAGGAGAAAGACGUGGAAGGUUUGAACCACGUCUACUAUCAAAAUCUAUACCAUAAUGUCAGAUUUUUGGAUGAGGCGCAGACAUUAAAAUCUAUCUUGCCUUGCACUCCACUGGCUAUUGUGAAGAUAUUGGAAUACUUGAAGUUUUACAACGAAUUCCUACCGGAGGGUAACCGUCUAUAUGGUAAGACAUGUGUUGUGGUUAACAGAUCAGAAAUCGUAGGAAGACCUCUGGCGGCUCUUAUGGCCAACGACGGGGCCACAGUAUACUCUGUCGAUAUAAAUAACAUACAGAAGUUUACACGUGGUGAGAGUCUGAAAUUUGCUAAGCACCACGUAGAAGAUCUUGGUCCGUUUUCUGAUGAACUUCUGAAACAAGUCUCAAAGGAUGCAGAUAUCAUUAUCACCGGUGUUCCAUCAAAGAGUUAUAAAUUUCCAACAGAGUACAUCAAAGAUGGUGCCACUUGCAUUAACUUUUCAAGCUUCAAGAAUUUUGACGAUGACCACGUUAAGCAAAAGGCUUCCCUAUAUGUUCCAAUGACAGGUAAGGUGACAAUUGCAAUGUUACUGAGAAAUAUGCUGAGACUAAUAGAAAAUAGAGAGCAUAUGAAGAACUAA